AAUCAGCAAAAAAUCAAGCAAGGAAUCAACAUUAAUCAAUUCCAAUCGAUAAGAUGGCGGCGAUGGAGGCUCAGACUAUAAACACGCGAAGAAAAAUAAUAAAUCACGUUGUUUGUAGUAUACUAGUGGAGUCUGGAUUUGAAACGUGCGAGAAACAAGCUCUAGAAUGUCUGACAGAAAUGAUUCAGUCCUUUAUCGUGGAAGUGGGCGAAUCGGCACGUAACUACUGUGAGCUGUCUGGAAGGACGGAACCACUCAUAGCAGAUAUAAUACUAGCUCUAAUAAAUAUGGGGAUAAAGUUAGAUGGAAUGGAGAAUUAUGGGAAGCGACCAAAUAGGACUAUACUCCCGUUACUUCAGCAACAAACGCAAUCGAAGCAGUUAAAUAUUCUUCAAGCUGGGGUCAAGCAAAAUCAUCCAGCGCACAUUCCGAAUCAUUUGCCUCCUUUCCCAGACCCACAUGCUUACAUCAGGACACCGACACACAAACAACCGGUUACAGAAUACGAAGCUAUAAGAGAAAAGGCUGCAUCCCAAAAGCGGGAUAUCGAGAGAGCGCUGACACGAUUCAUUGCAAAAACUGGAGACACGCAUAGCCUCUUUCUUACAGAUGAUAACAGCAUGUUCCCUUUGAUAGCUUGUAAACCACAGUUCCCUAGUUACCUUUUGGCUCUUCUACCUCAGGAUCAAAUAUUUGAGCCAGAUCCAGAAUUCCACUUUGAACCAAGUCCUGUUAAAAAGAAGAGGGAACUUAAAGUCGAAGAUACAAAUGAAACUACUCAGCCAAAUAAAACACAGAGUGAAGACAUUGAGCAAAGUGGAGAAACUAUGACUCAGCAGGACGCGAUAGACAAUCCAUAUUUACGGCCAGGAAAGGUUCCUAAAAACAAAUUACAGGGAUCCUCUGCUCUUGGAUCCCAAAUGAUAAAAAGGGAUUUAUUGGAAAUGCCACAAGGAAUGUCAAGUCAUGUACCUCUUGAGAAAAAUGUCCAUUCGAAGUGUUAAUAUACAAAAACUUUAAAUUUAGAUAGAUUGAAUAAUCUGUAUUUGUAAGACGGUUUUGUUAAUAAAAAUUAUUUUAUUACGA